AUGGGACCCAAUGGCUUACCUCCAGCGAUGAACGAGUCGUCAGAAAGUUGGGCACCGACCGCAUUUCGAGUCUUGAGAGAAGAACUGUCGGCGCAGCAAACGCGCGACGAACGUAUCGGACGAUGCCACGAAGAAGACGAAGAAGACAAAGGGUCGUCGCCGAGGACAUGGUUGCUGCCGGGGGAGAGAGGAGGGUCUCGCAGUAGCAGUGAAAGCUCGACGGAUACGGAUAAUGACAACAAGGAGAGGAGGAGGAAGGAAAAGACAAUGGUGAUGGUGGUGCGUGGUCGUGGUCGGAGAGAGAAGAGUCCGGCUGGGAAGAGGGAGAGGAUUCCUACUGCCGGGAGGGACGACGACGACGACGAGGAGGAGGAGGAGGAGGAGGAGGAGGAAGAGGAGGAGGAGGAGGAAGAGGAGGAGGAGGAAAAGAAAGACCCACGACGUCCGAGGGCCAAGGCCAAGGCCAAGGCCAAGGCCAACGAAGCACCACCGCCGCCGCAGCGUCCUCAGCAUCAUCGUCGUCGCCGCCGCCACCACCACCACCGCUCCCGACAAGAGGCACAUGAGGCAUCAUCCUCCUCGGCGGCCAACUCGGUCGCAGUCCAAGUUGCGUGCGGACUCGAGCGCUUGGAUUUGUAUCAUGGCAAUCGCUGGCACUCGAAUUGAAAGGUGGAUCUG